ACAAGGAAUUAGAGGAUGUUUCCUAAAGUCCACACAAACCAAAAAAAGUCCAUAAUCUCAUACCCCUCUCUUUAUAUAAUUUGUUUAUUUCCUCUUUUCUACACAACAUAUAUAAUAUAUUAAAUUCAUGUUAUAAUAUAAGGUUUUGAGAUGAUGGAAAUAUUCUUAAUGUCACAAGAAAUGAUGAGAAAAUCCAAAAAAAUGAAGGAAGUUAGAAAAUACAAGAAAUCAUUAGCUCCACGUUUAAGAUGGACUCCACAACUUCAUCAUCUCUUUAUUCAAUCUGUUCAAAAUCUUGGUGGAAGAAAUAAAGCAACACCAAAGAGAAUUGUGCAAAUGAUGGCCAUAAAGGGAUUGAAGAUUUCUCAUGUUAAAAGUCAUCUCCAGAUGUAUAGAAACAUGAGGGAGCAUCCAAGCCUCCAUGUUGUGAUGCAAGAUUUCAAUUUGUCUUCACCAAUGCACGUGUCAAAAAUAUUAGGAGAACAUGCUCAAAAUAGUAGAAAACAGAAAGAAUCUGGAAGCCAAAAUGGUGAAAAUAUACAUUAUAAUGAUUUCCAGAUACAGGUAUCUCAGAAACAUGUCAAAUCUAGGUGUAAUUUGUUCUAUAUACAUGGUAUCCAAGUGGAUUCACAUACAUCCGGGACACAUAGUAAAUCUCAAUCUCCACUCUCCCAUUUAUCUGGUAUCUCAUAUACAUACGAGUCACACCAUAUACAUACAAAAAAAUACAAAUAUUUAGCGUAUCUAGUUUGAUUCGCAUGUAUAUGCUAGAUAUGUAUGAAACACUCCACAUGCAUACAAAACAUGUAUCUGUAUUUAGUGUAAUUCAUAUAUAUCUAUACAAAUUUUUUUCGCGUC